CCCGCCCCCUCUCCGUUCCGCGCCGCUGCCGCCCCUCACUCAGUCCCGGCCGCUCUCGCUCGCUGCCUGCCCCGCUCCGCCGCAGCCAUGAUCGGGCAGAGGACGCUGCAUUCCUUCUUCAGCCCUGUGCCAGCCAAGAAGCGCGGGCGCUCCCCGGAGCCGGGCGGCGAUUCUGAGGUGAGCGCCGCCAAGAAGGCGAAGGAAGCCGGCGAUCAAACGAACCAAGCGCUGAGCGCGGAGCAGCAGGAGCGCAUCCGCAAGAACAAGGAGGCGGCGCGGCAGCUGCUGGCGGAGCGGAACGUGCCCCCGGGCUUCGGCGACAGCUGGCGGCGGCAGCUGGCCGGGGAGUUCUCCAAGCCCUACUUCGUGGAGCUGAUGGCGUUCGUGGCCGAGGAGAGGAAGCGCUACACGGUGUAUCCGCCCCCCGAGCAGGUCUUCACCUGGACGCAGAUGUGCGACAUCUGGGAUGUAAAGGUUGUUAUUUUGGGACAAGAUCCAUACCACGGACCUAAGCAAGCUCACGGGCUCUGCUUCAGUGUCCAGAAACCUGUUCCACCUCCCCCCAGCUUGGAAAAUAUUUACAAGGAGCUCUCUGAGGACAUUGAGGGCUUCACCCACCCUGGCCAUGGGGACCUGACGGGCUGGGCCAAGCAAGGGGUGCUCCUGCUCAACGCGGUGCUGACGGUUCGGGCUCACCAGGCCACGUCCCACAAGGAGAGGGGCUGGGAGCAGUUCACGGAUGCUGUGGUGUCCUGGCUCAACAAGAACCUGCACGGGCUCGUCUUCAUGCUCUGGGGAGCCUAUGCCCAGAGGAAAGGCAGCUCCAUCGACAGGAAGCGUCACCACGUCCUGCAGACGGUUCAUCCCUCACCCCUCUCUGUCAACAGAGGGUUCUUUGGCUGCCGGCACUUCUCCAAGACCAAUGAAUUCCUCAGGAAAUCUGGGAAGAAGCCCAUUGACUGGAAAGCACUCUGAGCUGGGGCUGGGGCUUGGGAGCAGCCCCUGGGCCAUUUCUGAGAAACUCCUGCUGCUCUGAGAGUUGCUCUUGGGGUGUUGAUCAAUUUCCGAACUUUCAGAGGUGGUUAUGUUUUUGUUUUAAAUGUUUAUUUUCUGAGAGCAUGUUGGAGUGUUUGAUGGACAGCUCUGCUGCUGGAAUAGAUCUUAGCCUGGUUUGAAGCAAAAAAAGAUCCCAAACAGCAGAGGUCUGUAUUAAUUUGUGGUCAUUUUGGCAAUGGGAAUUUAUUUUCAGACUCUGGUGAAGGGAUGUCAGUUCUUACUGAGGUGCCCAGCUUUUGUGCAUGCUCUGCUGCCUCCUUCUCACACAAAUCCAGUUUGCCUAUUUAGGGGGAAUGGAGCUGUCUCCAUGGGAGGAAAAGGCUUUUGGUUUUAGCUUUUUGCUACAGAUUUAUUACAAAAAUGGCUUCUCAAGGCUGUAAAGAAAAUACAGGGUCAGGAGUGUUGCUUGGUGUAUCCAUGAUCUCAAGAUUUUGGGAUAAAUCCUCCCUUCAGCCACAGGGAGGCUGUGACCAAGACCCUUGGUAAUGCUUUUGAGGUUUUUUUUUUGGCAUUUAGACAGGAAAAUCAAAAGGUUUUAGGUUCUUCCCGGGUGUGGAAUCACCUGGGUGACAGGUGAGCUGUGCUGACCAAGGACCAGGGGGUAUUUGCUGAUGGCAGCAGUGAAGGUUUGUUCAUUGACAUCUCCCAAUUCAGGGACUGAUAGUUGCAAAUUACUUCAGAUCUUUUUAAGAUCUUAAAAGAGGGAACUUUGUGCUUUGCCACCUCAGGAGCAAAUUAAGCUUUCCACCUACUGUUGGCAAUAACUUUUAGGAUUUGCAGGAGGAAGAGGUGUUGACUUCAUCCUUGUGGGUUUCCAGCCCAUCUUUGACUUUGUAAUUCCUUUAAUGGAAAUGAAGAGCUCUUAUUUUUUUCUGGGAAUUACACCAGUUUUUAUAGAAUAUCCUUGUAACCCUUCCUCUGUUGUUCUCUCUGAGCUAACACUAUCACCAGUGAAUUUACACUGUCUGUGGCCUUGCUGUAUAUGUUGUUUGCUUGGGGUUUUUUUUUUCCCCGGUGUGUUUUUUUAAAUAAAAAUGACUUUGUUUA